CCGAGAUCCAGGAGCGGGGCCGUUGUGCCGGCUGUGGGAUGCGGGGAUCGGGGGGAUGCUCUCCCGGCUCCGGGGCUGCGGGAAACAAUAGACAUCCGCGGCGAGCGGGGCGGGCUGGAGGAUCGCUGAGCGGGCUGGAGGAUCGCUGAGCGGGCUGGAGGAUCGCUGAGCGGGCUGGAGGAUCGCUGAGCGGGCUGGAGGAUCGCCGAGCCGGCUGAAGGAGCCCGGGGAGCGGGGAUGUGACUUCCAGAAAUCCUGGAGACUCGCAGGGACAGCCCACAGCAUGUGAGCAGCAGGGGAAGCCUGGAGUGGAAUCCCUGCCUGCCCACGCCUGGACUCGACACUGCUGGGGCCACAUCUUGCAAUAAGAGGAAGAGGAAAAGACAGUUCAGCCACCACUGCUAAAAAUGGGAAGCAGCAUCUAUCCAGCAACCUGGGAAGGGGAGCUCCGGGGGCAUCCCUGGCAGUGCUGCCGCCGGAUGGACACAGCCCUGUGCCAGUGAGGGGUCAGGGCAGCGUGGCUCGGGGGGCUGUGGGGGCAGCAUGUUCUUCCAGAGCCGCAGGACCCAGCUGCUGCUGGUCAACUCGCUGACCUUCGGGCUGGAGGUGUGCCUGGCUGCAGGGAUCACCUACGUGCCACCGCUGCUGCUGGAGGUGGGCGUGGAGGAGAAGUUCAUGACCAUGGUUUUGGGGAUAGGACCAGUCCUUGGCUUAGUUUUUGUCCCUCUGAUCGGAUCUGCCAGCGACCACUGGCACAGCAGCUACGGCCGGAGGAGACCUUUCAUCUGGGUGCUUUGCCUGGGAGUCCUGCUGAGCCUCUUCGUGAUCCCCCACGCCAGCAGCCUGGCCAGCCUGUUUGCCCUCAACCCUCGCCCCCUGGAGAUCGCCUUCCUCAUCCUGGGCAUCGGGCUGCUGGAUUUCUGCGGCCAGGUGUGCUUCACUCCCCUGGAGGCCCUGCUCUCCGACCUCUUCCAGGAGCCGGACAACUGCCGCCAGGCCUUCUCCAUGUACGCCUUCAUGAUCAGCCUGGGGGGCUGCAUCGGGUACCUGCUGCCAGCCAUCGACUGGGGGGGCAGCUUCCUGGCCCCCUACCUGGGAGGGCAGGAGACCUGCCUCUUCAGCCUCCUCGCCGUCAUCUUCCUCGGCUGCGUGCUGGCCACGCUCUUCGUGACGGAGGAGGCGGCCGCCCAGGGGGACGCUCUGGAUGGCCCGACGCUGAAGGACACGGCCCCGAAGCCCUCCCCUGCCCGCUGCUCCUGCCAGCUGUCCCGGGGCUCCUGCCUGCUGCAGGCCAGGCGGGCGCUGCAGGCCCUGAGGAACCUGUGCUCGCUGGUGCCGCGGCUGCACGGCCUCUACUGCCGCAUCCCCCGCGUCAUCCGCCGCCUCUUCGUGGCCGAGCUCUGCAGCUGGAUGGCCCUCAUGACUUUCAUGCUGUUCUACACCGACUUUGUCGGGGAAGGGCUGUACCACGGCGUGCCCAGGGCCAAGCCGGGCACGGAUGCCAGGCGGCACUACGAUGAAGGUGUGCGGAUGGGCAGCUUGGGCCUCUUCCUGCAGUGCAUCACCUCCAUCUUCUUCUCAACAAUCAUGGACCGGCUGGUGAAGCAGUUUGGGACCCGGGCAGUGUACCUGGCCAGCGUGGUGUUCUUCCCCGGGGCCGCCUUCGUCAUGUGCCUCUCCCACAGCGUCACCGUCGUCACCAUCUCCGCGGCCCUCACGGGCUUCACCUUCUCCGCGCUCCAGAUCCUGCCCUACACCCUGGCAUCCCUCUACCACCACGACAAACAGGUGUUUUUGCAUAAAUACAAGAGCAAAGAGGAGGAAGAUGCAGCUCUACUGGACAAGAAAUCAGCCUUCUCUAAAGGCCUCCUCUCCAGCCAGAAGCUGCCUUACCAGAACGGCCACACUGGGAGCCUCUUCUCCUCCUCCUCCUCCUCCCCUUCCUCCCCUCCUGCCGCCCCCAGCUCCGCUCUCUGCGUCAGCUCCUCCUGCGACGUCUCGCUCAUGAUGAUGGUGGGGGAGCCGGACCCGGCGGCCCCCGGCAGGGGGAUCUGCCUGGACCUGGCCAUCCUGGACAGCGCCUUCCUGCUCUCUCAGGUCGUGCCCUCCCUCUUCAUGGGCUCCAUCGUGCAGUUCACGCAGUCGGUCACCGCCUACAUGGUGUCGGCCGCCGGCUUCGGCCUGGUCGCCAUUUACUUCGCCACCAAAGUCGUCUUUGACAAGAGCGACAUGGCCAAGUACUCCGUGUGACGUGGGGGGCACGUGGGGGGCCCUGCACGUGGUGAGAUGAGGGGGGUGU